ACAAGAAUGGAGGGCGAUUGCGGGAAUUAAUUUGUUUCCUAAAGAAGUCUUUAGUUUCGGACAACGGACAACUACAUGAUCCUAGUGCAUGUAGUCUUGUAGGUCGUUAGCGAGCUGCUUUUCCAGAACACCGGCGGAGACUACUACUCGUAACGGGCAGGAUGCUCCUCUGUCCGAACCAACACAAGAAUCAGAUUCGAUAUCUUCUCUGCGUGAUUUUGCUUACGGCUGCAGUAAAUCUAGUGUUGGACGCGCGAUUGAAAUUUAUUCCGACAUGGGAGAAUCGCACGGAGCCUGGCGUGGACAGGGAACCGAGAGCAGAUGCAGGUCACCUGUCAACAGCGUUUCACCAACUGGAGGAGCAGCUGAAAGAGUCACUCGACAUGAACACGAAAAUCUGCUAUGAUUUCCGCAGUCCGGAGUACAAAACAAUAAAAUACGUUGCGUCCAUGGACAAGGGUGGAGCGCUGGCCAAAACAGAAAUAAAAUUCAAGUUCAAGACCAGCAAGGAAUCGCUGGUGCUGGCUGCGGAGGUGAAUCGCCGUCCGAGCGUCAACACGCGUAAAGACCAUCUGAUAGUGUUGUUGCUAGGGCGGCGCGUCUACCUGCUUGCUGAUGCCGGGCAAACCCCGGUGUCAGUGUUCGUGGAGCGGUCAGCGGGGUUCAGUGACAACCAAUGGCACACGGUGAGCAUCACUAAAGAUGAUUACUUUCUGCGAGCGGCGGUGGAUUUGGACGUCGGCGAUACCGCACAUGCGUGUCAGAAGCCGCUGAAAAGUGCCGACGAUGUACCGACCAGCUAUGAGCUGUGCAACACCACUCACCUGCGCAAGGGAAGCAUCGAAAUCAACACGAACAGCGGACUGCACCUGCUGAGCGUCGAGGCGCCAAUACUGGACGAUGUCAAGGCCAUUGCCAGGAGGACUCUGGGUCUGGGUGCGGGCGUGCAGCAGGUCGAGAAAGGUGGCGGGUGCGUGAAGGACGUCAUCAUACGAGGACGGCGCUACUUUUCCAGCGAGCUCGUGCACAUGAUACGCAGGGCGCCGGGCGCCGAACCUGCUCGCAUCGCGCAGGAGUCCAACGCGACGUUAGACGUGUCGGUGGAGAACUCCUCGCGCCCAAUCAUGGUCUCGGGUCAGACGUUCGCCGAGUUCCGCGCCGAGGGCAAUGCAUCGCUCGUGCCGUAUUUGUCGUUGCACCGCGCACCGAUCGUGACGGGCAUCUCGGAGAACCAUUACAGGGAAGCGAUAGACAUGAUCGCGUCCAGUCAUCACCACAUGGCCAAGAAGAUUAUACUUGUGUACAAUCUUGGCCUGAGUCUUCACUCCGUUUUGCAGUUGAAAACGCUGUGCUGGGUGAAGCUGCGCAACAUCGACCUGAGCUUGUACCCACCGCAUGUACGGUGGCUGAAGGCAUGUGCUUGGAAACCGCUGAUCAUUCAGGCUGCUCUGCAGGAGUUCAAGGCCGUCAUCUACUGCGACGCGUCGACUCGCUUCAACGCUCACAUGUCCUCGCUCAUACCGCUGUGGCAGAGCGUCGGCAUACUCUCCAGGAAAACCCUGGGACCCGCUAGCGCCUACACGCACCCGCUGACGUACCGGUCGUUCGACGUCGCUCCUAGCGACUUCCACAAAGUGUCGAUGGCCGCCGCGGGGGUGUUGUUGAUCACCGGUACAGCGUUCGUCAAGCAGCGUAUCCUGGCACCGUGGGUGCAGUGCGCACUCCGCCAACAGUGCAUAGCCCCCGGGGGUCUCGUGUACACAGAUUGCGCUCGCGGCAAGAAUGCGUACGACUACCGCGGCUGCCAGCGCUUCGACCAGAGCGCGCUGACUGUGCUGCUGUUUAAAGCGUUUGGCAACGAGAAGCUUGCACCGGCCAUGACGCCUCUGGUUAGUAACAUGACAUUGACCGUCAGACAUCCAACCAACCAAUAUCAAGUCAAAGUUUGCAAAUAGACAGUAUGGCCUCGCAGGCUUUUUUUGCAAUCGUUAACCGCUAGUAACCCCAAGCUGUCUUGGAUGAUACAUUAAGAAUGAUGAUGAUAGGCAGUGUUGCCCUGUGGUAGGAUCGCCAUGGAAACUGAAACAAAAGAAACUCCAAGCAGCUCUGGACCAUAAAGGAUGCUGAUAGGCACAGUGUUGACCUGCGGGUUUACUGCCAUGGCGACAGAAACACUUCGAACGCCAAGUUACCCUGGACAGUACAUGAUGGUGAUAGGCGGUGCUGCGCCGUGGUAUGGUCGCCGUGGCAACAGAAACACUGACGGCACCAAGCUGUCGUGGUUCGUUCAGGAUACUCAUAUCACCCUGUGGGAUGAUUGUCAUUGUAGAAACUUCAAACGGUAAAACACAAGUAGCGCCAGGCUGUGCUGAAUUAUACGGGGAAAUGGCGUCCAUUUUAUUCGGGUGUUUUAGUCGUUACUAAUACUAGUCUUGUCAUGGCAUGUACGUGUGCCAUGCCGUCUCCACUGAGUGUGGAAGUUGCGCAAGAAAUGUGAUUGGUGACACGCGCUGUGACUUGCACUUAGUACCUGACCAAGCGUAUUUGGAAAUCAGUUCAUCCCCCUCGUCCCUACUCACAUUUAAAAUAUCUCAGCUGGGGUAUGCUCUCUUUCUUUAACUGGAGAAUGCAGCUAGUUUGCCAGGCAGACUUGGCAUAGUCCAUUAGCAAUACACGAGUACCAUUGUGAUGGCAUCAGGCUCGUCCUCAAAGCAAUGGAUUUCCGUUUAGAGAUGCCGGCAAUUUAUAGGACUCGAUCAGCUGAAAAUAUUAGUUUUGCUGUGUUAUGUGGUGAGAUUUUCACUAGGUUUUGAGAGACAUUGAAUGUAAUCAAAAUAGAAUUUUUCUUUACUGAGAGAGAGAGAGAGAGAGAGAGAGAGAGAGAGAGAGACCAGCACUAUAUUAUAAGGUCUGAAUUAGACUUCUAACACUGUUGAAAUGUUCCAACUUGAAAUCCUUUUAAUAUGAAGAAUGAUUUGAGGACAGUCCUACGGUGCUCAUUGCUGAAGAUCAGCUUUCUAGAAAUGUUUGAUGUUCCAUACUGAAUCUUCUCUUUUCCCUUCUGCAAAUACAGAUUAGAACUAAAGAUAUCUUGUUUUAGUGUGCUUUUUUGAUUCUCUGCAACGGAAUCAAAGGUGAUUCUACACAAUAACGGCGCUUUCGUUUCGUUCUUGCCGUUGCCCGAGGAUGGAAUCACGUGAAACUCUGCGUUGCAACCUGAA